AUGGAGAAACCAUCAACAUGUGGGGAUGGUGAGAAAGGAUUCCGGUUCCAAUCUGUGCUGGAAACUCAUCAACAUGUUCACACUGGGGAGAAGCCGUUCAACUGCUCUCAGUGUGGGAAGGGAUUCACUCAGUUAUCCAACCUGCAGACACACCAGCGGGUUCACACUGGGGAGAGGCCAUUCACCUGCUCUGAGUGUGGGAGUGGAUUCACUCAGUUAUCCAACCUGCAGACACACCAGCGAGUUCACACCGGGGAGAGGCCAUUCACCUGCUCCAUGUGUAGAAAGAGAUUCAGUCGGUUAUCAAGCCUGGUGACACACCGUCGAUUUCACACUGGAGAGAGACCAUUCAACUGCUCUGUGUGUGGGAAGGGAUUUAGUGAUUCAUCCACUCUCCUCACUCACCAGCGAGUUCACACUGGAGAGAAGCCAUUCACCUGCUCUGAUUGUGGGAAAGGAUUCAGUCGGUCAUCCAACCUGCAGACACACCAGCGAGUUCACACUGGGGAGAGACCGUUCACCUGCCCUGUGUGUGGGAAGGGAUUCACUCAGCUAUCCAAGAUGCUGACACACCAGCGAGUUCACACCGGGGAGAGGCCGUUCACCUGCUCUGAAUGUGGGAAGGGAUUCUCUGAUUCAUCCAUCCUGCUGAGACACCAGCGAGUUCACACUGGGGAGAGGCCAUUUCCCUGCUGUCAGUGUGGGAAGGGAUUCACUCAGUUAUCCAGCCUGCAAACACACCAGCGAGUUCACACCAGGGAGAGGCCAUUCACCUGCUCUCAGUGUGGGAAAGGAUUCACUCAGUUAUCCAGCCUGCAGAGACACCAACGUCGAGUUCACACUGGGGAGAGUCCGUUCACCUGCUCCGAGUGUGGGAAGGGAUUCACUCAGUUCUCCAGCCUGCAGACACACCAGCGAGUUCACACUGGGGAGAGACCGUUCUCUUGCUCUGAGUGUUGCAAGGGAUUCACUGAUCCAUCCAACCUGUGGAAGCACCAACAAGUUCACACUGGAGAGAGGCCGUUCACCUGCUCUAAGUGUAGAAAGGGAUUCUGUGAUUCAUCACAUCUGCUGAUACACCAGCGAGUUCACACCGGGGAGAAACCAUUCCCCUGCUCUGAGUGUGGGAAGGGAUUCACUCAGUUCUCAAACCUGCUGACUGACCGGCGACUUCACACUGGAGAGAGGCCC